UAUACAUAUGCAAGAUUCAAGAACUCCUCGAGGAGCUUACCCCCCCCCCCCCCACCCCACCCCCACUCCAAGGCUAAUUUGGUAAUUUUGCUCCAAGAGGCGAAAAGCUCUCUCAAAAUCCCAAAAUAGAAAGAAAAAACAAAGAAAAAGAAAAAAGAUGAAAGAGAAGAAGAAGAUAAUUCUAAUUCCAUAUCCGGCACAAGGCCACGUCACCCCCAUGCUGAAGCUCGCCGCAGUCAUCGCCGGCCUCGGCCGCUUCCAGCCGGUGGUGCUCACGCCGGAGUUCAUCCACCGCCGCAUCUCGCCGCGGAUCCACGGCGUGCUCUGCCUGCCGCUCCCCGACGGGCUGGACGGCGGCACGCCGCCGCCCGAUUUCUUCGCCGUGGAGAGGGCCAUGGAGGAGGCCAUGCCGCCGGCCCUCGAGGAGCUCCUGCUCCGCGAGAUGGCCGGCGGCGUCGCCUGCGUAGUGGCCGACCUGCUGGCCUCGUGGGCCGUCGAGGUGGCGCGAAGAUGCGGCGUGACGGUGGCCGGAUUCUGGCCGGCCAUGCACGCCACUUACCGCCUCGUCGCCGCCAUUCCGCACUUGGUCCGGACCGGGGUUAUAUCGGAAAACGGAUGUCCAAGAAAUCCAAGUGAUCCCAUUUCCUUGUCUUCCCAAGACCCUAUCUUAACUACCAAUGACCUCCCAUGGCUUAUUGGUUCUUCAAAAGCUAGGGUUUCAAGAUUCAAAUUUUGGACUCGAACUAUCGAACGAUCCAAAACUCUCCAAUUCUUGUUAGUGAACACAUUUUCAGAGGGAUCUGAAUCCAUAAUGCAACAAUCAAACAAAUUUGACAGUCAAGAUUCGCCUCGAAUUCUUGAAGUUGGACCCUUAAUCAUGCAGGCUGCAACGACUAGUGGUACCACUUUUUGGGAAGAGGAUACGAGUUGCUUGGAUUGGCUAGACAAUCAAAAUGUGGGUUCGGUCAUGUACAUUUCUUUUGGGAGUUGGGUGAGUCCAAUCGGGGAAGCCAAGGUAAGAGCUCUAGCAUCGGCGCUCGAGGCAUCGAGAAGGCCAUUCAUUUGGGUGUUGGGGCCCGCAUGGCAUCGUGGGCUGCCUGACGGGUACACCACGAGAGUGGCUGCCCACGGGAGGAUCGUUCAGUGGGCCCCACAGCUCGAGGUGUUGCGGCAUCCAGCUGUCAGGUGCUAUCUUACACACUGUGGAUGGAACUCGACUAUGGAGGCCAUCCAAUGCAAGAAGCCUCUCUUGUGCUAUCCAAUCGCGGGCGAUCAAUUCUUGAACUGUGCUUAUAUCGUGAAUUCGUGGAAAAUUGGAGUUAAGAUUGAAAGAUUUGGAAUAGAAGACAUCGAUAAUGGAAUUAGAAAAGUGGAAGAUCAGAAAUUUAGGGGGAGAAUUGAGGAGCUAAAUGAGAAAUUAUUUGGAAAGGAAGGGAGCUCCAAAGCAAUGGCAAAUUUAUCUACAUUCAUUACAGAAAUUAAUACAUAGUAAUAUAUACGAGCUAGCUAUUGAAUUAUAAAGAUAAUUAAGGCAAUUUUCAAAGGGUCUAGUUACUACUUAUACUACUCAAGGUAACUCUUCUUAAUGUGAUUUUGACUCCCUUGUAAUUUUGUAACAAUGUUGUCGAUCGUUUGGAUGUAAAAAUUAAAUGAAAUAUUAGCAUUUAUCUUUAUACCAA